CCGGUUGCGCGCUUGCGGAAGCGGGGGAACAGUGUGAGAGCCAGGGGCAGUGUGAGAGCCAGGGGCAGUGGGAGAGCCAGUGACCGAGGAAGUGUGAAUCAACAGGAUCUGUGACAUGUGAUGAAACACUCCAAGAGAAACAGAACAGGCGAGUGGUGACAGAUGACCAGGUAAAACACAGCGGCGACAGGGCGGCUGAGGAGCACCCUGAAGGAGAUCAGGAUUCUGUGAUAUACAACUGUUCGCCAGGAAGCGAUUUCAUGGUCUUCAGGGAGUGAUCCGUCUACCCCAAACAACGGGAACGGAAUAAAAGGAGACCCACUACUUGCAAGUGUCUCGGAGUACCCCGGGCUGAAUUAAGGAGUCUAGCCGAUGGUCAGAUGUGAAGAAGACGAUUCCUGCAGGUCACGGCUCCGGGGGGCUGAAUCCCAGCUUCAUUUCAAAGCAGGAGUUCCAAUCCAGGUGCUUCAGGUCUAAAGUGGGUGGUCGGUACUGAAGGGAUUAAGAAACUUUGAAAAUUCAGCAUUUACAGCCAUCUUUAAUGGUUCUUAACCCAAUUAAAUCGUGAUUCAAAAUAGAGGAUCUUUGAGAAAUAACAUUUUAAAGACAUUCUGCUUCUAAAAAUGAAUGAAAGUAGUUCAGUUUUGUUUAAUUCAACUGCAGCUACAACCACUUCUCAUGAUGCAACCACUGAAAAGGCGUGCGACAAUAACUUCAUGGAUAUGGAAUGUUUCAUGAUUCUUACUGAAAGCCAAAAGAAAGCUAUUGCUGCAUUGUGUUUAACAGUGGGGCCAUUUACUGUUUUGGGGAACAUUUUAGUUUUAUGCAUCAUAUUAUUUACACCACAACUUCGAUAUCGACCAUCUUAUUUGUUUAUAACUAGCCUUGCAUCUGCCGACCUCUGUGCAAGCAUUAAUUUUAUGUACAGUUUUGUCAGCUUCCACGUUUUCAGGCUCCAAGAUGAAAAUUACAUUUUCCUAUUUAAACUUGGAGGUGUCAUUGCAUCUUUCUCAGCUUCUGUGGGCAGUUUGCUGCUCACUGCCAUUGACAGGUACGCAUGCAUUCAUAAGCCUUCUGAAUACAGGACAAUUUUAACAAGGAGAAAAGCAGUGAUCUGCAUUCUAUUCACGUGGUCAGUUGCUGUUUUUAUAGCUUUUCUUCCUUUGAUGGGAUGGAAUUGCAUUGAGUUCACUAGUAAUUGCUGUGAGUUAUUUCCUCUGGUAGAUAAAAGCUAUUUAGCUUGCUGGAUUAUGUUAAUAACUUUCCUGUUAAUUUUAAUAAUUUAUGCCUAUAUACAUAUUCUAUGGAAAGCCCAUGUUCAUUCAGUCUACAUGGAGAAACAGAAAGAAGGAAGGAAAGGGCAAGUAAAAAUGGGGCACACACGUAUGGACAUUAAACUCGCCAAAACACUGGGCUUAAUAUUAGUAAUUCUGAUUGUUUGUUGGUCUCCAGUCUUGACUCUGAUGAUAUAUGAUCUAUUUGCCAAGGUAGACAAAGACACCAGAAAGGUAUUUGCUUUUGUCUGCAUGUUGUGUUGGUUAAAUUCCACAGUGAAUCCCAUUGUUUAUGCCCUAAGAAGCAGAGAUAUGCGUAUUGUAAUAUUAAAUAUCUUGUCUAGGCACAAGAGGCAGUUACCAUCUGUGGAGGGCAGCACAGAGUCAGAUGGACACUUUAAAAACAAUACAGUUACGACCAUCUCUUCAUCAGCUGAGCAAUGCAACAUUGUCAAUUCUAGAGAAUGAUUUCUAACUGAAUCAAAUCAUUGAUCACCUGGAUAUUAAAACAUUCAGGCCAAAACAUUACCUCUUAGAAAGAAAAUGAGCGGUUGAGCUAAUAUCAUUUAUUGGGAAUAUUGUUACUGGGAACUUAUUUUAAAGGAAUACGCUCUCAGGCCCUGAGUGGUCCCAUUACACUCAGUGAAGGCACUUCUAUCUGCUGAUAAAUAGAAUAAUUUCAUUUUGGUCACUAUGCAGAAUUCAAGCAUCAUGCUUGCUGGCUUUUCUGCAAGAAAAGAUGAACUCUCCUAAUUUCAGUGUAAAAUUCAUUAACAGUCCAAAAGUGAGCAACUCCUAAUUGUAUGCAUUGCCAUAAAUGACUCUAGUUCAUAAAUUCUGCUAUGGACCUUCAAUAUGUAGCACAAUGACAACAGGUUGAUGUCUUUCUGCAAAGUUACUGUGGUAAAACACCUGGAAAAUGCAUCUCGCCGGUGAGAGAGACAACAGGUUCAAAAAGAGGAAAUUCCACUUUUUUUUGGAUCAUAGUUCACACAUUAAAAAUAGCAAUCUGCCUGCAGUUGACAAAAUUAACACCAUGUUGAAGCAAGAAGGGCAAAUGCCAAUGUCAAAACAUUCCCUUUGGUUUUUCACUAUUACUUGUAAUGUUAUGAGAAGGGAUAUUAACUCUUGUAAAUACUAGAAGCUUUGCUCUUUGGUCUAAGGACGGAUGCAAGAGAAAAAAAAAGUUAAAUUUCACAACUUAGCUUCCAAGACUCUGGUUUCACCCUAUAGAUUGCUGCACAUACCUGAUUAAUUGGGAUAGUUCAGUCUAUUGGCAGUAAUGAUACUUUUAUGAUCGAAUUUUCAGUCUCUACUGGCAAUUGGCCAGAUAAUGUGUACAAUUGAUAGAUCAAGUCAUCACAGGCAGUGGACCUCACUUUGCUAUCUUUUCCCUACCAUUCAUAAUGAGGUUACUGGAAGAAUUAGCAGCACUUCCUUCCUCAUUAUUGACAUUCAGCAUGUGAUAUUAAAGGAAAUUAUGAAAUGAAAAUGCAAUAAUUGCAUCAUUGUAGAUUGUUCACCAACUCCAUUUUUGCCUGCAGCCUGAAAAAUACGUAGUAAUGGAGUUUAAACUAAUUCACUUGUGUACUCGAGGCAAUUAAUGCAUUAUUUUGUUCAGAUGACAAUUGGAAUUAAAGUCAUGUUCUGUCUAAAUAGUUACUUAUAAAAAGGAAAAGAAUGCUUUAUAAUGGACAUUCUAUAAUUGUAUAUAUUCAUUAAACUAUAAUUGUGUGACAAGAUAAUACAA